CAAAUUUUCUCUCGAGUAUAAGAUAACUGCUUUCAGUAGGAGCCUCCUAAUUUAUCUCACCCAGGCUUGGAGGUUACAUAUGUCAUCUUCCCUGUUUUUUCCCAUACUUAUCUUAACUGCAUUUACAGAAUUGAUACAUGUGUAUACUUUUAGUGAUAAAGAGAGAGAUCAUGUACGAUAAGAGGCAUAAUGAUAAAAAAGAGUGUGAGAUUUUUUAAUUGGACGUUAAAAUUUUUUUUUGUUCUGCUUGUUAUUUUAUCCCGUGCUUGCGUGGCGGCAAACAUAUGCAUUGCAAUGUAAUACAAGUUUACUUGAUUUUAUAACUCUCUCUUAUCUUUUUAUCGGUAAUCAGUGGCGCAUGUCACCAUGUGUAUUGUAUAAUGUGUUUUAACAUAGGAUGAAGUUGUAAAAGGGUUAAUAAUUGUUAAUGUGACCAAUUAUUGGUGUGUUAUUGCUUUAUAUUUUAUUAAAGUUGCUGUGAACUUGUAGGACAACGUGUAAAAAUACCAUGAUCAAGAGGUAUUAAAGAUUCUGAAACUGUGAUACUUAUUUGUUUGUUAAAACUAACAGACCGUUUUAUCUACAUGUCUACAAUUGUAUGGCAUUUCUCUUCAAUAUUAUAUCCAUUUAAAUGAGGACUGAAGACUUUCUUAGGAUAAAAAUAUGCCUAGAUCUAACGUCAAGUACGAACUCACGAGGCACGAAGAGGAUACCAAUGAUUACUUCCUACAAAAUGUGCAAGAGUACCAGACCAUUUUAAAGAAAAAUGUUUUUUGGCACAAGUUACUCCAAACUGGAGGCCUCAUAUGCUUGUACUUUGUGUUAUCCAUUGGAUUGACAUUUUAUCAAAAAUGGUUGUAUGGAACAUAUAAGUUAAACUAUCCCUUACUUGUGGUAUGCAGUCAUUUAGUAUUAAAAUAUUUUUUAUCAAGCUUUAUAAGGUACAUAAGAAAAUGCUACAAAACACAACAGAUCUGCCAGUUAAAUUGGCAAUCCAUGGUGUGGAUAUUGGGUCCACCAGGCAUUGCCAGUGGUUUAGAUAUUGGAUUAUCUAACUGGGCUAUGUCUCUCAUUACCAUGUCUCUUCUUACAUCUUUAUUCAACUACUUAAAUAGUAAAAAUAUACUGCAAGUUGCCAAGUUGGCCUAA